UUCCCACGUGUCACACACCCUCUCUCUCCCUCUCUCUCUCUCUGCGCGUCUCUUGCUAGCUGCGAGUUCCGUUCCAUUUCGGGCGAUGCAGAAUCGGUGCUCUCAUUGAUCGCGCAUCAUCUGCUUUCUCCUGCUGUUUUCGGUUUAAGCUCGGAGGAUGUGGCCAGGAGCGACCCGUGCCUGCGUCGUCGAUUUGCGCUGUCGCCUGAAGAUCCGCUCCGACUCCUUCAGAUAUGUUUGACUGGAACGACGAGGAGCUUGCUAGCAUAAUAUGGGGCGAGUCCAAGGAGACCGAUGACCAUAUAGUUCCCCAUCCUGAAGGAAAUGAAGAUCAUCAGAAGAAGAAAGAAUGGAACGAAGAAAAUGCUCCAAUCAAGCCCACAGAUGAAAAGAUCCUUGGGCUGAAAAUUGACUUGAAUGACUCAAAAACGGGAAGUAGUGCUAAUAUCAAUAAAAAGAGAUGUUCAGAUGUAUCUGCAUUUGACUUAGAUUCCUGGCCUAACAUAUCUCCAUCAAAUGCUGUUACAAAUGAUACACAAACCAUUGAUCCAAGAUAUGGCUCUUUUAAAGCAGGGCUAGGUGAACCUGACAAGGCUUCUGGAUGUUCCAAAAAUACCCAUGAAGAUAAAGAACAGGGUGAAUUUGCUGACUAUGGCUGGGCAACCAUUGGAAGCUUUGAAGAUCUUGAUCGGAUUUUUAGCAAUGAUGAGUCACUAUAUGGCAGUGCGAAUCUUGACAGUGCUGAUGAGCUAUGGUCUUCUAGCAAAAAUGUAACUUUUAGCCCCAUAAAGUCAGUCUCUGGAUGUGCGGAUUCUCCUACUCUGCGGUCAAAACCAUUAAUAUGUGCAUCAGAGGGUGUAGAAGUAAAAGCAGAAUAUGUUCAACCUGACCACUCUGUUAGACUUGCUUACAAGGAAAUGAAUGACCAUGCAUCCCCCCACUUGCAGCACUCACAGAUUCUGAAGAAAGUGGAAGAUCCCGUGGGUAUGAGUAAGGCUGGGCUAGAUAAUCAGACAAAUGUGGGCAUGGAGGAAAAGGCCACAGCAGUGAACUCUGGCUUUGUUGUCAAUAUUUCAACUCCUGCUCAAUCUGCAGAGAAGUCUCAAAAGAGGCUGUUAAGCAACCAGGAUGAUGCAGUGGAGGGAAGAAGCCAAGUAAGACCAUUAGAAGACGUCAGUGGGGCCUGGUAUUCUACUGGAGAUGUAACUGGACCAUAUGAACACCAAUUGGCGCCCAGCAUAAUGCCAUAUGACAGAGCAGAUUCAAGUUGGUCAAGACAGUUUCAGAAUCCUGACUCUUUGCAUAACAUUCCCGUAUCAAAUGCUUACAUGGCUCUUGCAGUUGGGAAUAGUGUGAAUCCUUAUCCACUAAUGCCCCUGGUGUCCCCAACGCUAUCCGGAGAAUGCAAGAAGAAUACUCUGAUGUCUGGCUAUGAAGAAUCCUCUGGAAGUGCAAGCCAUGUAAACAAUGCUGUUGAUAUUCCUGAGAAAAGUCUAAGCAUGACGCCCCAAGAAAAGAUUGAAAAAUUAAGACGACGGCAACAAAUACAAGCAAUGUUUGCUAUUCAGAAACAGCAACAGCAGUUAACUCAACAUGUCUCUGGUCACUCAGUUGCUGAGAAAUGCACCCAGAAGAAUCAAGUGCCGCCUCUUGAGAAACCUAAUGGUGAAGUUGCUGACAUGGGCCCUGUUGCGUCUCUCGAUCCAAGCUCACGGCUGGAAUAUGAUUAUUCUGACUCAAUGUCUAUGGCAGUUGAUGACUAUUCAGUGGAGGAUACCGUACUUCAGCGACUUCAAGACGCAAUCACCGAGUUGGAUAGCAGGAUUAUACUUUGCAUGAGAGAUAGCUUGUUUCGAUUAGCAGAAAGUGUGAUGCAAAGACAACAGACCAGUGAGACUGGCAGAACCAAAACAAAUACCAGGCAACAGCACGAAAUGGUUGUCAAAGAAGUGAAUGCUAGUGACAGGCAGGCUAAAAUGGGUACUGCUGAAACUGAAACAAAUCCAAUAGACCGCGCCGUUUCUCAUCUUCUUUUCCACAGACCUCUGGAAACUGCAUCAAAGCAAUCAGGGCUGGCUGAAUCAUCUAUUUCGACUAAUGUUUCUUCUGAGCAAAAAGCUGGGGGGUUGGGCAACUUGCAGGGAGUAGACUUGCCAGUUGGUCCCAACACCAGACAAAUUAUUCCUUGUCACGGUCCAAAGACUCCUACAAGGACGCAUACUGGGCCCCAGAAAUCUGGUCAGUUUGAAGCUUCAGAGAACACCUCCAGCAAUGGACAUAAUGAUGAUGCAACUAUGGAGGUUGAAGCUUCUUACUGAUGAAAAGGCCAACAUCAUGAGGGGUAAUUCCUUCCUUUAUCUCUUUGAUGCCUAGGUGUACAUUUAUCGUGCUAGUUAUACGGAUCUACUGGUAAUUUGGAGGUUUCUCUUAUUGUCAGCCGAGUAAAUCUCAUCAAGUGACAGUGAGAAUCCUCCACGUGGGAAGCAACUAGAAGAAAAAUUUUCAGCACGUCAGCGAGAAGUGUCAUUUAUCUAUCAUGACUAGACAUCCUUUCUGUUUCAUCUUGACAACUGAGGGCGGUGUCUCCAACCAUAACAUAGAUGAUCUGUAUAGUUCGACUCUGUGUUUGAUUGCCAAGCUAGUCAAUGUCACUGGUUAUGGGCAAAUGGGUGUAUUCGUAGUCUCUGAAUUGCAUUUGACCUCAUGAGCUUGAAAUAAACCUGAAUAAGAUAGUUCAGGAUAGUCGGCUUCUUAGCACCAUCUUCACCAAGGCAGCGCUGGACGAUGUGUCGAUCUUCAGAAGGAUACUCUUUUUCAUGUAGUAUUUUUUUUUUUUUUUGGGUUCCAAACUUUUUAACAGAUUAGAAUCUCUCUCUCCUGAAGUACUUGGAUCUUUUGAUCCUCUGUUUCUUGCCUGCGGACUUCUAUGCUGACUCAAUGUGUUGUCAGCUUGGUAUGAUCUGCUUGCUUUGGAUGAGCCAGAGAACAAAUGACUUUGGCAAUGUUGAAUCGGUUUCAUUCGGACUUCAACUUA